AUGCACAAGAUAGAGGCAGAUAUAGGUAUAAUAAAUAAUUCUAAAGGUAGUUCAAUGUUUAAAUGUGCAAAUACUACUGUUAUUUGUACAGUUGACAUUAAUAAUAGACACGAGCAGUCUAAAAGUGAGUUAUACGAUCAACUUAAUUUAGAUAUUAAGUAUAGAAAUAUUAAUCAACAAUCAUAUGACGCUUAUUAUACACUUAUCAUUACAAACAUUUUAAACAGAUGUCUACUUAAUUUUGAUAAGUGUAAAUCACUGUUUAUAUCACUGAUAAUAGAUAGCAAUAAUUACAAUACGCUCUGGUGCGCCAUAAAUGCAUUAUUUUUAGGACUUGUUGAGUGUGGUGUGCCUCUUAAAGAAGUAUUGUACGCUACUUCUGGAUUUACAAAUAAAGAAGAUGUUUUUAUUUUCAACAGAAGUGGAGACAUUGUAUGGCAUCACGCAUUUGGUGAUAUAAAGGAUAUAGAGAUGCCUGCGGUCUUAAAAUUUUACAAAUACGUUAAAGAAAUACAAGAUUUUAGUUUUAAAAGUAAAUUGGUUAUAUAA